AUGGAGCAGCCCUCCGCCCCUCCCUCCGAAACAACUGCCAAAGGGCUAUCCCCAGACGCGGCUCGGCGCAUAGAUGAAAGCCGGUUCCGGGCGAAGGCGAUACGGCAAGCGAGGGAAGAUGAGCUACGCCGGUCUGGUAAAGACCCGGAAACGUACUACAAAGGCGCAUCGGGCAUCAUUGAAGGCGGGAGUGCAAUGGGAGCCGCUGGGCCGCGAAACAAGCGGCCCUUUUCGGCAGUCUCGGGCUCCGAGUCCGUACCCGCAACCAACCGCGAUGGGCGGGUGCAGCCAGCAGACGGGCCCAUACGGCCAGCCAAGAACUUUGCCAAGUUCGUCGACUUCAAUAUGAGCUCCAUGAAGAACACCAAGGGAGGUUUCAUUACGGAAGAGGAUGAUCCCUUCAAUACCGCCUUGAAGAAGGGCGUGCCUGGGUCGGACAGGCCGAAACACAUGACGGCGAAAGAAUGGGAGCGCUUUCAGACGCUGCGCAACUUGAAAAGAACGAAGCAAGGCCCGUUUGAGCCAGGCUUGAGCGUGUUGACCGACGAGGCGGAGAGAAAGAGGUGUCGCGAGUGUGCGAGUCUCGAGAUUGACUUUGUCUGGGAUGAGGUGUUCAAGACGCGCAUCUGCCACACCUGCAAGGACAAGUUCCCCGAAAAGUACUCCUUCUCACGAAAACAGAAGGAACUACGCGAUGAGGACCUUCUUCCACAUCUUAACAAGCCUAAUCCGCACAAGUCCCACUGGCACGACAUGAUGCUGUUCUUGCGAUAUCAAGUCGAGGAGUACGCCAUCCAAGAGAAGUGGGGUUCAGCCGAAGCGCUAGAUGCCGAGUUUGCGAAACGCGAGGAGCAAAAGAAGAAACGUAAAGAGGCCAAGUUCAAAGAGAGGCUGCUUGAUCUGAAAAAGAAGACGAGGACGGAAGCCUUUAGAAGGCAGCAAUCGGGAGUUAAAGGGCCGACUAAAUUCGGAGAGGCACUAGGUGGGGAAAGCAUGUUCAUAGUUGGGGGAGGGCAGUGGAGAAUGCUGAUGGAAUGA